GGAUGGAUGGAUGGAUGAAGGCUGGAUUAAUUGGCAAAGAUUGAGAGUCCUGCUCCUCUCCAUGUUGUGUGUGGAAAUGUGUGGGCGAGUGUGUGUGUGCUGCGACUCCGUGUUAAUGUAAUUUGCAUGACACUUCGAGGUAUUCAGUGAUUUUACACUCUCACUGUUCACCCACUCUUUCAACCCAGCCCUGCCAACUGAAGUGAUGAUGGUCCUCUUUAACUUGCUGCUCUUGAUGGGUGGCCUGACCCUACUGGCAAUGGGAAUCUGGGCAAAUGUAGAUGGGCUCUCCUAUCUUCAGAUCCUGGGACCUUUCUCCAGCCAAAGCAUGCAUCAUGUCAAUGUGGGAUAUUUUUGUAUUGCCAUUGGAGCCUUACUGGUGCUGCUGGCACUCUUGGCCUGCUGUGGAGCAAAUAAGGAGGAGAACAAAUGUCUUCUGCUCACAUUCUUCUCCAUGAUUAUCAUCAUUUUCAUUGCUGAACUGGCAGCUGCAGUUGUAGCUUUGUCUUAUUCUUCAUUUGCCGAGGGGAUCCUCAAAGCAUGGGCUAGCCCUGCUUUAUUGAAGCAUUACGGGAAUAAUGCUGUGGUCACGAAGAUCUGGAACAACACCAUGACACAGAUGAACUGCUGUGGUUUCACCAGUUCCGCAGACUUUGUGGAUUCAAAUUUUGCAAAAAAGAAUGGUGGCAACCUGCCACCGUGGUGCUGCCGCACUAACACAUUUCCCUGUACCCCAGAGGAAGCAAAGAAAAGCUUUGUUCAGGGUUGUUUUGAACAAAUCUUGGAGUCCCUUAAAGAGCAUGCAAACAUUGUGGGAGCCGUUGCAGCUGGGAUUGCUACUUUGGAGGUUGCUGCCUUGAUGGUGUCAAUGUACUUGUACUGCUGCAUGGACAAAAGAGUAGGGUGAGAUGGCAAAAGGACAAUCAUCAAGCAACACGCAUGGAUCACUGGAAUUCCUUGAACUUUUUGGGGAAGUUUUUAAUUAAACAUUUUAACAUAAUCAAUUUUCAAUAUAAUUUAUCAACUUAUUGCUUGUACUCAAUCACCUGUAUUCUUCCAAUGGCUUUAAUUUCUACUUCAGCUGACUACAUUUAGAGAACGGUGACAGUGAAAAAAACAAAAGCACUGACAGUGAAAACAAUAAAAGAUGGACAUGUAGGGAAAAUCAAAAGACUGAUAUUGAAAAAUCUAUCAUAAAAUAAAGUAGCCAAAUAACA